GAAGGAGGAGGCGGCAUGCGGCUGAUCGCGCUCUUCGACCACAACAACUCGGCAUGGGUGAACUACCAGAGCAACGGGACUCCCGUCUGCCCCUCACACAAUGGCUGCUGCUACAACCCCGGCGAGGAUGCUGACGGCAAUGCCACGCCAUGGUGCGAAUGUGUAGACAAGGCUUGUGAUCGGGAUAUCGUUCCAGUUCAAUUUCUUUAGAUGACGAACUUCGUAACAGUGGAUCAUUGCGCUUGUUUUCUCACAUUGUGCAAAUUGUCAGUGUGACAUUAAAGGUGCAUAGUCCUUUG